AUGCAAAACAUUCUUACACUGCCCCAGGAUAUUCUCUCUUUGAUUUGGUCUGAACUCAGCCUGGCCGAUAUAUUGCGUGUUAGCCAGACAUGUUGCACGUUGUCUUCCGCGAUAUUAAAUGAUAAGCAACUUUGGAUCUGCAUGUACGAGCAAAUCGUCGUAGCGAACGACCUAUGUAUCCCGAACUAUCUGGGCAAUCUCGAGCACGUUCAUGUGCGUGAUAUCCAGUCGUGGGUAAAACAUGCCGUUUUGCUUGAUAGAAACUACCGAACACCUUACAAAAAGCUUCAUGCACGGAGGAUAGCGAACCGCGAAAAGUUGGGAAUAACGUGGCUCAGACUGGUUCACGGGCGUUGGGCGCUUGUCGCCUCAGCUGAUGUUCAUACCUGUGAAUUUUCGGUAUGGGAGAUUCCUCCAGAAGGGGAGAUUCGUCAGGUUGCGAGAGUAUUUCUGGACGCUCCUGUCAUGGAUGGGAUGGUGGAUGAAUCGUGUGAACAGAUUCGCUGCGCAAUCACUAUAGGAGCCUCACGAAGUUAG